AUGGCUGCUGCCUCCGUAUACUCCUCGCCCGGCUUUGACUUUUCCAAUCAAACCCGUAACUGUUUCCUCACCGAGAGAGGCAUUCCCCUCCCAAAGGCAACUAGUACUGGAACGACCAUUGUCGGCUGUCUCUUCAAAGAUGGCAUCGUACUUGGUGCGGACACGCGUGCGACUGAGGGCCCUAUUGUAGCGGACAAGAAUUGCGAGAAGAUUCAUUACAUCACAGAGUCUAUUCGAUGCUGUGGAGCAGGAACCGCUGCUGACACGGAAUUUACGACCGCACUUAUCUCUUCUAACAUGGAAUUACACGCACUGUCAACCGGUCGCAAGCCAAGAGUGGUCACGGCCAUGACCAUGCUGAAACAGAUGCUUUUCCAAUAUCAGGGGCACAUUGGUGCAGCACUCGUGCUCGGCGGCGUCGAUGCUACGGGUCCUCAUCUCUUCACCAUCCAUCCUCACGGUUCCACAGACAAGCUACCCUAUGUCACCAUGGGCUCUGGUAGUCUCGCUGCCAUGGCAGUCUUUGAACACGGCUGGCGGCCAAACAUGGAGAGGCAAGAUGCGCUGAACCUGGUGACAUUGGCCAUCUCUGCUGGUAUCUUCAACGAUCUUGGUUCCGGCUCAAAUGUCGAUGCCUGCGUGAUCACGGCUUCCCACACGGAAAUGCUGCGCAAUUAUGUCAAACCCAAUGAACGAGUACAGAAGGAGAAGAGCUACGGUUUCCGGCGGGGAACAACAGCAUGGAAAUCGGAAGACGUCCGUAGUCUGGUUGUGAGUGAGGACGUGAUUCAUGUGAGCGAUGCGAUGGACACUACUUAG